GUAAUCGGUAAAUUGUGAACUCAUGUUGGCUUAUUUCUAUGAUCCGAAAUGUUCAUCUUGUAGAACAUGCGAAGAAGAUGAACAGUGUUGAAGAUCAUAGCAAUAAAUUACUGAAUGAUACAUAAUCGUCGAAAAUAGGAAAAGGAGCUUUUGGAUUUCAAGAAAGAAUGGCUCCGUCGAAGAAAGGGAAGGGGAAGGGCAACCCAGUUGAGUCCACUCAGUCUCAGGCAAACACCACCCAAUUCCCCUCUUGCCUUCGCUUUCUCCCUCCUUCCUCCGUCGCGAUCACCGUCCACGCCAAGCCCGGUUCCAAGCUUGCCACCAUCACUGAUUUCAGCGACGAGGCAUUAGGAGUCCAAAUCGACGCUCCUGCAAAGGACGGUGAAGCUAACGCUGCUCUUCUUGAUUACAUCAGCUCUGUUAUUGGGGUGAAAAGAAGGCAGGUUUCAAUAGGAUCUGGUUCUAAAUCAAGAGACAAAAUUGUGGUUGUGGAAGAGGUAACUCUACAGAGCGUUUUUGAUGCUUUGGACAAAGUUUGCAAGCGCCAAUGAUGGAAGAAACAGAGCUGUGACUUUAUGGCCCGGAAUUAGUUGAGGUGUGCGCAACCUGGCCCGGACGUCCGGUUUAUAUCAGCGCAGUGACUUCCAUAUAUCAGCGUCAUCUAGUUUCUUUUUUCCUUACUCGACCGCCUGACAAUGUGUUAUAGGCUUUUAACUGUAGAUUAUCUACUUGUAUGUCAUGCAACGUUCUCCUACUGAAGUUACGGGGAUUAACAAAAUGGUCUGUACCCCCUUACCAAAAAUGUUACUUUUUUUUUUUUUUUUGGGUAAGUGUACCAUUUUUAUAACCAACCAAACCAGAAAACAAAGGGAAUAAAUCCCAAUACAAGUACCUAUACACAGAAGUAUAACCUCACUACAAUCUACAUUUGUAGAAGCAAAGAGAGAACAAAAUGUUACUUUGUUGGCCAUUAUUGACGUCUUUUCUUCUUUCAA